UAUUUAUUAUUGUUCCCACGCUCACAGCGUAGAAAUAGAAUCAGCCGCAGACAAUCGCAGCUCCUCCGUCUCCGUUAAAAGACGGCGAGAAUUCCAGGAAGAAAGAAGGCAAACAGCCGCCGUUAGCGCGUAGUAGCAGAAGCGGCCGUUGCACGCCACUGCUACGCUUUUGAUAACGACGUGCCUCUCUCUUUGUUCCCUCGUUUGUUCCUACGUUCUCUUCUCUCUCUAUAUGUUUGGUUCCGUACGGAUUUCGCUGCUCCGAGGAAGAGGAUUUCGAUCUCACGUAGAAAGCGAUACCCCUUUUGCUCUUUUUCCCCUCCCUCUCUCCCUCUCCCUCCGCUAUAUUCUUCAUUUUUCGUCCUUGCUUAAGCCACGUCGUUUCGUUUCGAUUCGAUUCCGGGAUUCGGUGUAUGCCUUAGGUGGGGAGUAUUCUAUAUCCUGGGUUGCAUUUGUUGUAAUUAAAGGUAGUUCUUGUUUUCCUUUGGCGCAGAGGCAACCUAGGUGCAUAUUGCUGGCGUCUUGAAUAGGAAUAUAGAAUGCCAGGAGAAGAGGUAUUAGCUCAAGAAGAUGAGAGGGGUAGAGGUAUGGAGCCCGAAACCUCUGAGGAUGAGUGGCGGAAGUCUCGAGCUAGAUCUCUUAGGAGAAAAGCAAUGACUGCUUCAACCAGACUCACUUAUAGUCUCAGGAAGCGUAAUACACGUGUAGCUGAUUGUGAAUUUGAUUCAAUUUUCAUAGAAGAUGUCCGUGAUGCUAACGAGGAAAAAGCUGUGAAUUCAUUUCGUCAGGUGCUACUUACCAGAGAUCUACUUCCAGAUUCCCAUGAUGAUUAUCAUACAAUGCUGAGGUUUCUGAAGGCCAGAAAGUUCGACAUUGAUAAAACUGUUCAGAUGUGGGAAGAUAUGCUCCAUUGGAGGAAGGAGUAUGGAGUAGAUUCUAUUUUACAGGAUUUCGUAUAUAAGGAGUAUGAAGAGGUUCAGCGUUAUUAUCCUCAUGGUUACCAUGGUGUGGACAAAGAUGGCCGACCAGUUUAUAUUGAAAGACUUGGCAAAGUUGAACCCAGCAAAUUGAUGAAUGUGACAACAGUAGAUCAAUUUUUAAGAUAUCAUGUUCAGGGAUUUGAGAAAAUGUUUAAAGAGAAAUUCCCAGCAUGUUCUAUUGCAGCAAAGAGGCAUAUAGAUAAAACAACAACAAUACUUGAUGUCCAUGGCGUGAAUUGGGUGAGCUUUAGUAAAGUUGCUCAUGAUCUCGUUAUGCGCAUGCAAAAAAUUGAUGGUGAUAACUACCCUGAGACAUUAAACCAGAUGUUCAUUGUUAAUGCUGGUAGUGGGUUCAAGCUACUAUGGAAUACUGCAAGAGGGUUUCUUGAUCCGAAGACCACAGCCAAAAUACAUGUUUUAGGCAACAAGUUUCAGAGCAGAUUGUUAGAGAUUAUAGACUCGAGCCAACUUCCGGAUUUCCUCGGUGGCAGUUGUUCAUGCCCAAAUGAUGGAGGGUGUCUUAGAUCUAACAAGGGACCUUGGAAUGAUCCCAACAUUUUGAAACUAUUACAUUCUAGAGAAGCAAUGAAACUAACAAAGUUCGGAAGUUCUUCUGUUGCUAAUGAGGUAGAUGUGCAGUCGUAUGCCAGCAAGGUUACAAGCACAGAAAUAUCUGAAACUGUAUCAGAUUCAGCAGCAAGAUUGAGUCCUUCAGCCUUCAUACAAUCUGUUCCUUCUAGUGAAAAUAGAACGAUGAGAGACUCUACACCUAUUGGCAACUUACAUGAGCCAGUGAAUGCUGCCAGAGAAGUCGGGGAGGUUAAUUCAACAAGUGAUUCAAGCAACAAUUAUAUGAGAAGACUAGCAGAGAAGCCAAUUCCCUACAUCACAAGUAUUUUCGCUCAAACGACAGUCAAAUUGUUAACUUGUAUUUAUGUAGUAUUUGCAGCAUUGGGGAAACUUUUUGUCGUUCGCUCUGUAGACAACCAACGAAGAAGCCAAGAGAAAACCCAAUCAGCACAAUCCAAUUCCCAGGAACAAUUAUUUACUCCGGCAAUAAAAGAGCCACUUUGGCAGAGGUUGCAGAAUUUAGAGGCAGUGGUAACUGAGAUGGCCAAUAAACCUAAAACAAUUCCUCCUGAAAAAGAGGAUAUUCUUCAAGAGUCAUUGAGUCGUAUAAAAUCUAUAGAAUAUGAUUUGCAAAAAACAAAGAAGGCCCUGCUAGCAACUGCUUCAAAGCAAGUUGAGCUUGCUGAGUCAUUGGAAAGCUUAAAGCAGAGUAAAUUUGAUGGGACACAGUCAUGUUGGCCUAAAAAUAGUAAAAGUUGUACCCAAGGAAGAUGAAUAUCCCUUUUUUUCAGCAUCAGUUUGCAGAGAUUGCUUGUCCGUUGUUUUCGAUACUAAAUGCUGAAUUACUACCAGAUCUAAACUUCUGUUGGCUUAUAUAAAGGAAUUACUCUCAUUUUCAUAGGUUUGAGGACUGGGCUAUGGGAGUAGAUAGCCCUAAUGUAUAGAAGGCAACAACAAUUUUUUAUGAGGAUUCUGGACUCCGAAUUGUUCCCUUUCAAUAUAUAACCGAGUGUGUUAACCACAUUUAUUUUCUUAUUGGCUUUUCUGUACAAAGGACAUAGAUACGAAGUAUGCUAUUCAAAUUCAGAUGUAUUUUAAUACCAGUUGCAAAUAUGCACAAAAGAAACAUUUUCUGUAGUAUGUAACAAGUAGCAAGCGCGUUACAGUAAAUUUUGGAUUUUACUAAAUGUGCUUUUCCCCUGAAA